CCGAGAGGCGGGCCGUGGGCAUGAGGGCGUGUACUUCCGGGUCGAAGGCUCUUCGUUCCGGGAAAUACAAAUUUCUAGGAGUGCGGAAGUGAGGCUGGUGCUGGUGAAUACGGUUGCUUAAGCAGUCAUGAAGAUCACCAGGCAGAAACACGCCAAGAAGCAUCUCAGCUUUUUCCGCAACAAUUUCGGAGUCCGCGAGCCCUACCAGAUCCUUCUGGACGGCACUUUCUGCCAGGCAGCGCUGCGGGGUCGCAUCCAGCUGCGGGACCAGCUGCCCCGCUACCUUAUGGGAGAGACCCAACUGUGCACCACGAGAUGUGUGUUAAAGGAGUUAGAGACACUGGGAAAGGAAUUAUAUGGAGCAAAACUGAUUGCACAGAAAUGCCAGGUUCGAAACUGUCCUCAUUUCAAGAGCCCAGUAAGUGGGUCCGAAUGUCUCCUGUCCAUGGUGGAUGAGGGGAACCCUCACCAUUAUUUUGUGGCCACACAGGAUCAGAACUUAUCUGUGAAAGUCAAGAGAGCUCCUGGAAUUCCCCUCAUGUUCAUUAUUCAGAACACCAUAGUGUUAGACAAGCCUUCGCCCAGAACGGUGGCCUUUGUGAAGGCGGUGGAGGCAGGCCAGCUGGUCUCAGUGCACGAGAAACAAAGUAUCAAGCAACUCAAGGAGGAGCAAGGCCUGGCGCGGAACCCUGAGCUGAGGAGGAGGGGGAGGAGAAAGAAGAAGGUGGGUGGCCCCAAUCCUCUCAGCUGCCUGAAGAAAAAGAAGAAAGCUCAGGAUACAAAGUCCCCUGCUUCGGAAAAGAAAAAGAAAAGGAAGCGGGUUCGGAACAGAUCCAGCCGGAAAGAGCCUGCUGAGCCACACGGUGCUGAGCCGCACGGUGCUGAGCCGCACGGUGCGGAAGGAUGAUGGCAUUGUGGGUGCUCUGGCGUGGAAACUAACUUCCUUGGCAAACUGUGAAAAUGUUUAUACCGGAGGACUAACUUAUUUUUGUAAACUAGUACUGGCAUGUCCACUUUUGCCAAAACUAAAGAAUGGUUGACUUUGUCAGUGUGCUUCUUCAGUUGCUUGCUUUAGGGGAUGCGUUUUUAUUAAUAAAAUUUUUAUCUCCAGUUUCUCCCUA